CAACUGCGCAUGCGCAAAGUUCCAAAACCGCCACGCUGUUCAAACAUAGUUUUAUUUGUUGGCGGGAAACAAAAAAAGAACAAAAUAUCAGACUUUGUGACUGAAGAACUUGUUGAACUUCAUUUUAGACGAUGUCGAAGAAGAAAGGCUUGAGUCUGGAAGAGAAACGAAGCCGUAUGAUGGAGAUAUUCUUUGAAACGAAAGACGUGUUUCAGCUAAAGGACAUCGAAAAAAUCGCCCCAAAAACCAAAGGAAUCACCCCCAUGUCGGUGAAAGAAGUGCUGCAGAGCCUUGUAGAUGACAACAUGGUGGACUCGGAGAGAGUCGGAACCUCGAACUAUUUCUGGUCUUUUCCCAGUAAAGCGCUUCACGCUCGCAAGCGCAAACAGGAAGAUCUGGAGAAACUGCACGAGGAUGGAAAGCAGCGGAACGCGGCUCUACAGCAGGCCGUUAAAAAAGCCAAAGAGGGACGACAAGAUACCGAGGAGAGAGCGGCUCUUCACAAGGAGCUCGCAUCUCUGAGAGGGCAGAGAGAAGCCCUGUGUGCCGAACUGGAGAAAUAUAAAGAGUGUGAUCCAGAAGUGGUGGAGGAAAUGCGUAAAGAGAACGUCACAGCGAAGGAAGCCGUGUCAAGAUGGACUGAUAAUGUGUUUGCUAUCAAAUCAUGGGCCAAGAGAAAGUUCAGCAUGGAUGAUAGUCAGCUGGAUAAAGCCUUUGAGAUUCCAGAAGACUUUGACUACCUGGAUUGAUCAAGUGUCCACACACAAACAAAACACACACCACGUAGUAAAUAUCCGGUAUAAAUUAUUUGUUCAAAUGCUAUUCACAUAUAUAAUUAUAUGUAAAUAAAUCUUUAAAAAAAAAAAGUAUUUUGUUGUUUCUGAAGAAAGGAAAUGAGCUGUAAAUACAAAGUGAGUUCUGUUUCUUUAGUAAAUUUCAGACAUUUUGCUCUGGAGCUACGAGGCUAAUGUAGAUUAUAGCUGUAAGUUUAUCACAUGAGUUUUAACAUACUUUAUAUUGCGUUCCAUUGUUGGUCUAAGGAAAAAAAACAGGUUGAACUUCUGAGUUUAAAAGGCCUUAGAAAUUAAAUCUGGGUAAAACUUUUGCUAAAGUUUUGAUUUUUUGCUGAACAAAUGUUAUCUGAUUGCAUGUAAUAUUUAAUUUGUGUUAUUUUUGUUUGAUAAUUUUUUUGCCUGUGUUCAUUAUUUUGGUUUCUAAAUAAAUCCUUUUUGUCUCCUGACUGAAA